AUGAAUAUCACUAACUGUACCACAGAAGCCAGUGUGGCUGCAAGACCCAAGACCAUCACUGAGAAGAUGCUCAUUUCCAUGACUCUGGUGAUCAUCACCACCCUGACCAUGUUGCUGAACUUGGCCGUGAUCAUGGCCAUCUGUACCACCAAGAAGCUCCACCAGCCUGCCAACUACCUGAUCUGUUCCCUGGCUGUGACAGAUCUCCUGGUGGCAGUGCUCGUCAUGCCACUGAGCAUCAUGUAUAUUGUCAUGGACAGCUGGAAACUAGGGUACUUUAUCUGUGAGGUGUGGCUGAGUGUGGACAUGACCUGCUGCACCUGCUCCAUCCUCCAUCUCUGUGUGAUUGCCCUAGACAGGUACUGGGCCAUCACCAAUGCUAUUGAAUAUGCCAGGAAGAGGACCGCCAAGAGGGCUGGGCUGAUGAUCCUCACCGUCUGGACCAUCUCCAUCUUCAUCUCCAUGCCCCCUCUGUUCUGGAGGAGCCACCGCCAACUCAGCCCACCUCCUAGUCAGUGCACUAUCCAGCAUGACCAUGUCAUCUACACCAUUUACUCCACACUUGGGGCAUUUUAUAUCCCCUUGACUUUGAUACUUAUUCUGUAUUACCGGAUUUACCAUGCAGCCAAGAGCCUUUAUCAGAAAAGAGGAUCUAGCCGGCACUUAAGCAACAGAAGCACGGAUAGCCAAAAUUCUUUUGCGAAUUGUAAACUUACACAAACUUUCUGUGUGUCUGAUUUCUCCACCUCAGACCCUACCACAGAGUUUGAAAAGAUCCACUCCUCUAUCAGGAUCCCUUCCUUCUAUAAUGAUCUAGAUCACCCAGGAGAACGUCAGCAAAUCUCUAGUACCAGGGAACGUAAGGCAGCACGCAUCCUAGGACUGAUUUUGGGGGCAUUCAUUUUGUCGUGGCUGCCAUUUUUCAUCAAAGAGUUGAUUGUUGGUCUGAGCAUCUAUGCGGUGUCCUCUGAAGUGGCUGAUUUUUUGACGUGGCUUGGUUAUGUUAAUUCUCUGAUCAACCCUCUGCUCUACACAAGUUUUAAUGAAGACUUUAAGCUGGCUUUUAAAAAGCUAAUUAAGUGCCGAGAACAUACUUAG